AUGGAUAAUCCUGUGGCAGAAAACGUGUUGGGCACUCUUGGCGCGAUUUGUUGGUCUAUCCAGCUUCUACCCCAAAUUAUCAUCAAUUACAGAAGGCACAACACUGAAGGUCUGCAAGCGUCAAUGAUGCUACUAUGGGCUGCGGCAGGGGUCCCUCUCGGGGUAUACAACAUCGUGAAAGAGUUCAACGUGGCGUUAAGAAUACAGCCUCAGAUACUUACAGCUUUGAGCCUUGUUACUUGGUCCCAGUGUCUCUACUACGGAAAGAGAUAUUCUGUCACAAAGUGCAUUGCCGCGGUCGCUCUUCUUCUUCUUAUCUUUGGUGGUAUCGAAACGGGGUUAAUAUUUGCGUUGAAAGAAGCUAAAUCUCACGAUUUGAGGUGGCCUCUCAUUCUGAUGGCUGUAUUGAGCGCAUGCCUGCUUGCAGCAGGAGUACUGAGGCAUUAUUGGGACAUUUACGUUCACCGAACUGUGCGAGGAAUCAGUUUCUUUUUCGUCGGUAUCGACGCCGCUGGCGAUUUAUUUUCGCUCGUAUCCGUUUUGUUCAGACCGACUAUUGACAUACUUGGCAUAAUCAUAUAUGGAAGCGAGUUGACACUUUGGUUGGGCAUUUUCGCCUGCGGGGGCGUAUUCAAUCUCUUGCCUUGGCUUAAAUCGCGGUCAAAGGGACUUGAGACUUCGCAGGAGCCCAUAUCUCUCCAUCCGAUGCCAUCGUCAACUUCCGUGUUCAGAACUGCAUCAGGAUCUGAGGUAAUACAGAGGCGGGGUUGGCCGCGUGUAGCUUGA